AUGAUAUAUAAACUUUUUUUUUUGUAUAUUUUGCACUUUCUUUUAUUAACUAAUAUUUGUAUAUCACAAGAAAGGCAAACUAAUGGAAAAACGAAUUUAUCCACACAAGAACCAUGCUCAAUAAUUGAAUCUGAAAAUGAUCAUUCUAACUUAAAAAUCAUAAUUCACGAAAAAAGUUCAGAAGAUGGUAAAUUUACUUCUUCACAAAAUAAUUCCAAUGAUAUUCAAAGUUCAUCAUUAGAUAUACAGGAAAAUCUCAUUCAUAUGCCUUUAAAUCAGUAUAUUAUUUGGAUAUUUCCAAAUAAAUUUUUUUUAGUUCAAUCAAAUAUUAUAUAUAUACAACUUGUUUUUAGGAAAUGUUUAACUAUUCAAAAUGAAAAUAUUUCUUCUAAUCAAGGAAAUAUAAUGAACACAGCAGAUUCAGGCAAUAAUAAAAAAUAUAAAUUAGAAAAUGUUCUCUUAGAGUUACAAAGAACGCUUAUUCAUUUGCAAAAAGAACUUUACUAUUCUCCUUCAGAAAGAGGAUAUUCAACUGCUCAUUAUGAAGUUACAUGUUCUAAUACAGGAAGUUUAAUGCAAACAGAAAAUUUAGACACCGAUGAUCUAAUUAAAUUGCAAAACAUUUCCUAUGAAACACAAGAAACAAUCCUUCAUUUACAAAAACAUCUUCAUUAUUGUCUUUUAGAGCGACAAUACAUAAAUAAACAUAAAAAAAUGUCCCCUAAGGAAGAUAGCAUAAUAUCCUCAGAACAUUCAAAGCAAGAUGAAUCAACUAGUGUACAGUCAUUUAUCAAUGAGGCAACAAAUAUAAGUCCCACUUUUCAAAUCGAGUCACAUCAUUUACCUUUAGAACGAAUAUAUUCAGAUAAUCAGUACGAAAGUAUAUCUUCUCAUACAGGAAGCUCAACAAAUACAGAAAACUCAAAGGAAGAUGAAUUAAUUGAAUUACAAAAUAUUUUCUUUGAGUUAGAACAUACACAACCAUAUAUGGAAAUGGAUCUUUGUAAUUUACCAUUAGAACAUUGUUCAAAUAUUCACGAUGAAGACAUGCCUAUAAAUAUAGAGGAUAUGUUUCCAGAAAGUCCAGAACAAUUUAAAUUGUUUGAUGUAGAUAAAAUUCUUUGUGAGUUGCAAGAUGAAUCUUUUGAUUUUGAGGAUAAGUCUAUUAACUUACCUACCGAAAAACAAUUUUCAACGAAUCUUGAAAAGGGUUCUAAAACAAGUUCAGUACAAUCAGAAAAUUUAAAGGAUGAUGUUAUUGGUUUGCAAAAAAAUUCCUCUAGUUUACUCACAGAACAGAAACAUUUAAAUACUUCUCGUUGCAAAUAUCCAAGAAGUACAUCAGGAAUAAAAAGAAAAUAUGAAAAAAAUAAAAUAGAUAAAUCAAAAAAGCCGAAAAUCGAUAACACAAAUGAUAUUAAUAAAAAAAAACGUAGUAAACGUAAUCUGAAUACUUCAAGACUUGAUACAAGUAAUUUAAAGGAUGAGAAUAUUUUUAAAACGGUUCCUACAUUUAUUCAAUACGUAAUAGAAGAAAUUUUGGAAACAAAAUUAGAUAAUUUAUCUAAUACAAUUCUUAAUUUACAAAAAAUAUUUUCUAAUCUAGAAAAAGAACAUAAUAAAUUAACAAUGAUCAUUAAUGAAAAAAUUGAUCCAUUAAAAAAUAUUAUAAGAAAUGAAAUUAAAAAUGCUCAUAAAGCAUAUUUACAUCAUAUGGAAUUGCAUUCUAAUACGUAUUCUGGAAAUAAUGAAUAUUCAUCAGAAGAUAUUUAUAAUUUUAUGCUAUUAUUUAAGAAACAUAUGAGGUAUACAUUUAAGGGCAAAGAAAGAGUCCAUAAUAGUGUAAAGGACUUUUUAAAAUUUGCAGAAGAUUUCAAACAUAAUAUUAAUAUUUUCAAUGAACUAAGUGAGAAAGUAGCAAAUAUUAUGGAUAAUCUAACAUAUAAUAAAAUUUUUUUAAUCCCACAAAUAUUAUCAAAAGAAAAUUCAGAAGUUUUUUUUAAAAUUUUAGAUUCUACAAAUGAUAUUAUAAAAGAAGCUAAAGAAUCACUUAAAGAAGGACUUUUAUUAAAAAAUUAUACUAAAAUAGAAGAAGUUCAACAAAAUAUUACCUUUAUUAGAAAUAAAAUAUUCCCACAUUUUGCUAAUAGUUUACAAAAAAUUUUUCAUUUACUAAAAUCAUUGAAUAUAUCAAGAAAAAAUAACAAUAUGUUAUUACAAAACAUGCUUUAUUUCCUUGAUAAAGAAAAUACUAUGUAUGAAACAAAUAUAAAGGAGUUUUUUAAAAAUCAUAAAGAAUAUACUCUAAAAGGCAUUGAAUCAUUCUUAUUAGAAGAAAGAAAAUGUAUUUCAGAGUCUUAUAACGAAGCACAUAAGAGUUUGAAAUUGGGACUCACCGAAAAACAUGAUAUCAAUUUAAAAGUAUUGAUGAAGGACCCAGAAAAAGAAAAAAUUCUUUCUGAUAUGUAUAAAACCUUUGUAGAAUUAUUAAAAAUUGCAUAUUUUAGGAAAAAUUUAAAAAUACUUUAUGAUAUGACAACAUCAAUUAUAGGAAAAAAUUCAAAGAAAUAUAAAAAAUACUUCAUGCCUAAAUCUACCACAGUCAUGACACAUGAAACAAAGAAUCAUUUACUAUCACAACUACAAGUUGAAGAACAAAAAUUAAGAAAACUAAAAUCAAAUGUAGAACACAUAUUUUAUUUUGAUAAUUUAAGAAAAAGUAUAAUAAAUAUUGGAUCAUUAAAUAUUAAGAAAAAAACAGAGAAUAUUAUAGCAAUUUUGCAGAGUGUUGAUCGUAUAUUGGAAAAUGAUAAAAAAAACGAGAACAAAGAUAAAAAAUUAGUCAAAACUGAACAUAUUUUGUUCGCCUUAUUUUUCGCUAACUUAAAGAUAAAUGCAUUUACCUUAGAAAAUAAGAAAUAA